CGUGCGCAGCGAGCCGGAGGCGCGGGUGUCUGGGUAAGGCCGAGCCCGGGAGCAUGAUCGUGGACAAGCUGCUGGACGACAGCCACGGCGCAGAGGGGCUGCUGGACGCGGCCGGCGACUGCGGCCUCAUGACCAGCCCGCUCAACCUGGCCUACUUCUACGGGGCUUCGCCGCCGGCCGCCGCCCUGGGCGCCUGCGAUGCCAGCUGCUCGUCGUCGGGGCCCUCGGCGCCCGGCUCGCCCGGCUCCGACUCCUCCGAUUUCUCCUCCGCCUCGUCCGUGUCCUCCUGCGGCGCCGUCGAGUCCCGGCCGAGAGGCGCCCGCGCCGAGCGCCUGCAAGUUGAGCCCCAUAUGGGGGUUGGCAGGCAGCAGAGAGGACCCUUUCAAGGUGUUCGUGUGAAGAACUCAGUGAAGGAACUCCUGUUGCACAUCCGAAGUCAUAAACAGAAGGCUUCUGGCCAAGCUGUGGAUGAUUUAAAGACACAAGGUGUGAACACAGAGCAAUUCACAGAAUUGAAGAACAUAGUAUCAUAUAGUGGGAAAAGGAAAGGGUCCAAUUUGUUGUCUGAUGGACCAUCUUGCAAAAGGCCAGCUCUGUUGCAUGCCCAAUUUUUGACACCACCUCAAACACCAACGCCUGGGGAGAGCAUGGAAGAUGUUCAUCACAAUGAAUCCAAACAGGACAGCAGUGUCGAUCUGCUUCAGAACAUUAUAAAUAUUAAGAAUGAAUGCAGCCCAGUUUCACUGAACACAGUCCAAGUUAGCUGGAUGAGCCCUGUGGUGGUCCCUCAGAACUCCCCCCGAGAGCAGUGUCAGGAAUUCCAUGGAGGGCAGGUCUUCUCUCCACCUCAGAAAUAUCAACCGUUCCAAGUCAGCGGCUCCUCACAAAUGAUGGACCAGGCUUCCAUGUACCAGUAUUCUCCACAGAACCAGAAUGUAGAGCAGCAGCAGCAGCAGCAACAGCACUACACCCACAACCCAACUCUGGAAUACACUUCUUAUUCUAGAACUUCCCAGUCUCCCAACUAUGAACCAAAUAUCUUUGAUGGUCAGGAAGCACAAUUCUGCCCCAACCAAAGUUUUUCAUCCCUUCUAAGUAGUUAUGGAGACUCUGAGAAUAUUGCUGUUGCCAUUCAGACUUCCCCCAGUGUCCAGCAACAAAAUGAUGCCCACCUGCAGAACUUCAGCAUGAUGCCAAACAGUGCCUGUGAGUCCAUGGUGGGGCAUGAUGCAGGCUCUGCUUCUUUAAACACUUCACUGCCGUUCCAGAAUAUCAUUGGAAAUCCAAUGAACACCACACAGUUAGGAAAGUCGUUUUUUCAGUGGCAAGUAGAGCAGGAAGAAAGCAAGUUGGCAAAUAUUUCCCAGGACCAUUUUCUUUCAAAGGAUGCUGAUGGUGACACGUUUCUCCAUAUUGCUGUUGCCCAAGGGAGAAGGGCACUUUCUUAUGUUCUUGCAAGAAAGAUGAAUGCACUUCACAUGCUGGAUAUUAAAGAGCACAAUGGACAGAGUGCCUUUCAAGUGGCAGUGGCUGCCAAUCAGCAUCUCAUUGUGCAGGAUCUGGUGAACCUUGGGGCCCAGGUGAACACCACAGACUGCUGGGGAAGAACACCUCUGCAUGUCUGUGCUGAGAAGGGCCACUCCCAGGUGCUUCAGGCAAUUCAGAAGGGAGCAAUAAGGAGCAAUCAGUUUGUGGAUCUUGAGGCAACUAACUAUGAUGGCCUGACUCCCCUUCAUUGUGCAGUCAUGGCCCACAAUGCUGUGGUGCAUGAACUCCAGAGAAAUCAACAGCCUCAUUCACCUGAAGUUCAGGAGCUUUUACUGAAGAAUAAGAGUCUGGUUGACACCAUUAAGUGUCUGAUUCAAAUGGGAGCAGCAGUGGAAGCAAAGGAUCGUAAAAGUGGCCGCACAGCCCUGCAUUUGGCAGCUGAAGAAGCAAAUCUGGAACUAAUUCGCCUCUUUUUGGAGCUGCCCAGUUGCCUGUCUUUUGUGAAUGCAAAGGCUUACAAUGGAAACACUGCCCUCCAUGUUGCUGCCAGCCUGCAGUAUCGGGUGACACAGUUGGAUGCAGUCCGCCUGUUGAUGAGGAAGGGAGCAGACCCAAGUACUCGGAACUUGGAGAACGAACAGCCAGUACAUCUGGUGCCUGAUGGCCCUGUGGGAGAACAGAUCCGACGUAUCCUAAAGGGAAAGUCCAUUCAGCAGAGAGCUCCACCAUAUUAGCUUCAUUGACUUGGAGCCUGGUCAGCAACACUCACUGUCAGUUAGGCAGUCCUAAUGUAUCUGUACAUAGACCAUUUGCCCUGUACUGGCAAAUGUAAGUUGUUUCUAUGAAACAAACAUAUUUAGUUCACUAUUAUAUAGUGGGUUAUAUUAAAAGAAAAGAAGAAAAAUAUCUAAUUUCUCUUGGCAGAUUUGCAUAUUUUAUGCCAGGUAUCUGGAAUCUAGACAUCUGAAUUUGAUCUGAAUUGUAAAAUUGCCUUCAAUUAACAGUAGCUUUUGGAUAAGGAAAAGACUUUGAUUUAUGGCAUAAGGCAUUGUUCAUGUAGCUAUUGCCAGUUUCAAAGACAGUAAAUUGUGAACAUUUCUUUAAGAAAAAUGAAAGCAUUUAAAGGAAAAAAAUAAAUCAAUAGUAUUGAGGCUUCGUUUGGCCUGAUGGAGUACCUGGUAGUUAUUACUGCUGUUGGAAAGUCUCUAGUCAUUGGACUAGAUGAAAGGUGUCUAUGGUUAGAAUCUGAUCUUUGCAAACUGUAUAUAAUUGUUAUUUUUGACUUUAAAAAUAUUGUACGUACUUGGUCAUUCAUAUGGCCAUAUAUGAAAUAUGUAAAUCAAUAAAAUAGAAAAAAUACAAGUGAAUUAUUACUAUUUAAAAAAAUUAUACACAUUCAAACAAACAAACAAAAAAAUUAUACACAUUCAAAGGAGCCAUUAUUGUGGAAUUGUACAACUAAAGUCUUUGUAGAUAAAGUAGAUGAGUUGUUAUUGGCUGAAAGAGCUGUGUUUGAAAUGUAAAUAUGCAUUGAAAUGAGACACAUUAUUUAUAGGGAAUUGCAUGCUCUUGAAGAGAACACCUCUUUAUGGCUCACCAACUAGAAUUUAUAAUUUACAUGUCGAAGUUUUUUUUUUUACCUUUAUAGAAACAACAAAAAGUCAAUGUUGAAACAUGUUCCUAUUUCCUAUUAUCAAAUAAUGAUAAUGUGCCAUGAUGUCUUUAUUACUAUUCAGAAAAAAAUGUAGUAUUUUUUUUAGUAAUGUUAAUUCUACUAACAACAUUUUGCUUACCUCUGGCAUGUCCCGGGGAACGUAUUUGGCUUUGAUUCCACAUUAAUUCUUUGUAAUAAAUUUGACUCAUUAAAAACUUUUUUAAAAAAACAAGUCUCAUAAGCAACUGAUUUAACUUAUUUUUAUAGCUAAGUACUUAAAUUCUUUUAAAAAAGAUACCCUUUGGAUUGAUCACAAUGUUUAACCCAGUAUGUCUUGUGGACAAAAGUUAUAGUCACUUGGUAUCUGUAAGUAUGGUAUGAUGCGAACCAGUCCAUUCACACUGGAAAAAGUCAUGCAUGGUUUUAAAUAAACAUUAAUUCACUUAUA